CAAAUGAUUUGAAUAAAUAGUAAAUAAUAAUAAUAGAAGAGGAAAGUGUUUUGAUGUACGUCGGCUAAAGUGUUUCCAAAGUCCCUUCGAUCCAAACUCCGAACUCCAAAGUACCCAGUAGCCAAUAGUAGUAGAAACGAGUAGAGAUUCUCCUCUCCAGUUCCGAACAUGGCUUGGGACUUGAUCUACUGGCUUAUCUGCUUCUGCCUCGACAUUGCCCUCUUCGCCUCUAGCCUUUACCAGUAUGUGAUGCUAACGGAUUUGGAGGCUGAUUAUAUCAAUCCUUUUGAAUUAUCAAGUCGCAUCAAUCAAUUGGUUGUCCCCGAGUUCAUUGUUCAUGGAGUGUUCUGUGCUCUGUUCCUCCUGGCGCAGCGUUGGUUCAUGUUCCUCUUCACAGUCCCCCUUACUUACUAUAUCGUGAUGCUGUUUGUAAAACAAAAGCAUCUUAUUGAUGUCACAGAAGUAUUCAGGGUUCUUAAUACUGAGAAGAAGUGCCGGCUUGUCAAGCUUGGUGUCUACUUUUGUCUCCUUGCUAUAAUCAUUAUCAGGCUUACAAUAUCUACUUUCAAUUCGUUGACUGAUGAAGAACAUGCUGUGGAUUUUUUUUGAUUACUCUCUGCUUCACGCUUGACAGUUUGAUAGGCCACUCAUGUAAGUUUGUUUUCCAUGUGUCUUAUUUGUACUUUUAGAAGUAUGAUUUCUAGCACAAUGAAUAGAUAAUUCACAG